CUCGGCGGUUCCACCUUAAGAAGGAUCAGGGAUGCGCGUCCCCGUGAGGACUUGUGCGAGAUCAUGUGCGAGUCCAUGCGUCCGAAAAGUAGGUUAGCAGACUGGAUUGAGAAGGAGGGAGACACGCACACACACUCACCGCGCACUAACACUACCAGCUCUGCACGCACAAACGUGUAAUCAACGCGAUCUGAUCAGUUAUUUUAUAUUCUAAACUCCACACAGACGUUUAAGGAAGUUUUAACGUGUUUUUAAAAUUGUUAUUACUACUAUUAUUAGUAUUAUUAUUAUUUCCCCCCACCGGAUGAUGCGCUCCAUCGGAGCUGAAACGUUAUAUUGGGUUAGCUUAAUAAGCUUACUUAAGCUAACUACUUUAAGCUAGCUCUCCAACUUGUUUUCUUUUCAGCAUCUUGUGGACUUCCAAAAUCUAAGGGGGAAAAAUAAAACUCAAAAAAAUGAGAGCUCAAAUAGAGGUGAUUCCGUGUAAGAUCUGUGGUGACAAGUCCUCUGGGAUCCAUUAUGGUGUCAUCACCUGUGAAGGCUGCAAGGGAUUUUUUCGGCGCAGUCAGCAGAACAAUGCUAUGUACUCAUGCUCUCGGCAGAGGAACUGCCUGAUCGACCGUACAAACCGCAACCGCUGCCAGCACUGUCGUCUCCAGAAAUGCUUGGCACUAGGCAUGAGCCGAGAUGCGGUGAAGUUUGGACGCAUGUCCAAAAAGCAGCGUGACAGCCUGUACGCGGAGGUGCAGCGGCACCAGCAGCUGGCGCGCGAGCCUGAGGAGGCGGGCGAGGACAGCGGACUCAGCCGCUCAUACAGCAGCACAGGUUCCAGCACCUCCUUCAGUGAUCUAGACGACAUCACCACGCUGCCCAACGGCCUGCUCUUUGACCUGCCACUCACACCAGGGGAGGCAGCUGAAUACUGUGCCUUCGACCUGCUUGAGGGCGGGGUCAGUAGUGGAACAGGGAGUGCAGCGAGCAGCAGCUCAUCCAAUCAGAGCUCUCCAGAGCCUAGCAUGCUGGAUAUAGUGGAAACAGGCCGAGUGAAGCACGAGUACCAGCUGCUUCCUGAGCCCAGCCUGCUCACGCAUACCCUGCUGGGGGCACUAUCCGAUGACUGCUCUUUGCUUGAUAUAGAGCGGAUCACUCAGAAUGUGGUGAAGUCACAUAUAGAGACGUGUCAGUACAGCACAGAGGAGCUGAAACGACUAACUUGGAACCUAUAUACGCCUGAGGAGACCCGCUCCUUCCAGCUCAAGUCUGCUGAGUGGAUGUGGCAGCAGUGUGCCGUGCACAUCACCAACGCCAUCCAGUACGUGGUGGAGUUUGCCAAGCGCAUCAGCGGCUUCAUGGACCUCUGCCAGAAUGACCAGAUUAUCCUCCUUAAAGCAGGCUGCUUAGAGGUUCUGCUGAUCCGCAUGUGCCGUGCGUACAACUCCACCAACAACACGAUGUUUUUCAACGGCAAAUUUGCCAGCCCUCAGUUCUUUAAAGCACUAGGCUGUGAUGACCUGGUGAAUGCCAUCUUUGAGUUGGCCAAGAGCCUGUGUCGCCUGCAGUUGAGUGAGGAAGAGAUGGCCCUAUUCAGUGCCGCCAUCUUGCUAUCACCUGAUCGCCCGUGGUUAACAGAGAGUCAGCAGGUGCAAAAGCUGCAGGAGAAGGUUUAUUUGGCCCUGCAGCACAGCCUGCACAUGGGGGGAGGCAGUCAGGAGAAACUGGACAAGAUGGCGUCCAAGCUGCCGCAGAUGAAGUCAAUCUGUAACCUCCACAUCGAUAAGCUGGAGUUUUUCCGGCUGCUUCACCCCGAAACGGCCUUCAGCUUUCCUCCUCUCUACAGGGAAGUGUUCGGCAGCGAGAUCAACUUCCCUGACUCCACUGACAGUUAGAAGCAAGGAGAGAGGGGCCGGGAGGGGGGAGGGGGGUGGAGAUAUGGCAGAAGAGGAAGAGAAUCAGAUUCACUGGUGCAGAGAGAGGACGUGUGAAAGAGAGGACGUCAAAGACAGAGGACUAUAAAGAAUAGUGUUAAGGAAUAGUGUUAAAAAGAAAUCGAAACCUGUCAAAACCUCUUAGCAGCCCAGACAAUCUGGCGUUUUUAGUUACUAUUGUGUACAAAGAGCACCACAAAUUAGUAUAGGGGCCAACACACAGUACUCCUCUCUCUACACACACACACAACACCUGAAAGCACUUUCGUAUUAUUUAAGAGUAUCUAUUAAGGCAGAGGUUCAUAAUCCUGUCCUCAGGGACCCUCUGCCUCCGGCACAGAUUUUUGUUCUGGUCCUUUUCUCAAUGCACUUCUACCAGACAAUUCCGAUCACCCAGCUCAGGUGCGGUAACAUCUGGAAUAAAACGACGUACCUUCCCCUUUAUGCUUAACGCCGUGGACUAAUUAUGAAUGUAUGUCCCUAUAACAGCACUUAAUACGUAUGCGACCGAAUGUACAUACUGCACUUUGGUUCGCGGAAAUGCUUUACGAAACCCAUGUCGGUUACAUGUGACAAUCAAGAAUCUUCUUGGAACCAGUGAGUGCCCAGAUGUUUGGUAGUACAAAAGGACCAACCUCCACAAUCGACACAUUGAGUGUGCUGGUAGGGCUGGGCGGUAUGAUGAUACAAUAUCGAUAUCAUGAUGAAUAAUGUCACAACACACCUUUCUGAAAAUAUCAUCAAUGAAACACUAGCAAAAUUCAUUGUUAUGGAAGAUAACAAGCAGAAAUAUUACUAAUUAAUUACUGUAUUUAUUUUUAUGUUAAAUUGUAUGUUUCUGUAGUCAUCAAAGUGCAGCUCGUAUGACUUCAAGGGUUCAGUAUGUUAUGCUGUUAUGCUAGCACUAGGGGUGUAAUGAUACGGUGCAUCGUAUCGUUUGUUACAAGGCUCUCAAUUCCUUACGCUUGUAUAUCCAAAGUUAAUAGACUAUCCGUCAUGAAAUACCACUUGUAUCACAUGAGGUGUAAUAAACGUUUAAACUUAAUCAAGGCAACGCUCUCUCAGACGAAGUAGUGUAUCUCAAAACUUUAUCUCGAUUCAGGAGAUUGCAAAAAGCACGUUUGUCCUAAACAUUCUAUGUUUCACUCGCUAAUACAGCUAGCAUACUAGCCAGAGAAAUCCAUUCAGGCAGCUAUAAAUCUCUGACUCAACCCGAGCUUAAGAAAUCUCCACUGUAAUUGGGAAGUUCGUAUUUUGUAGUGGGGAAUGCAGGAUUCAAAAACACAUCCAGGGGUACAGAGCGAGCUAACAGCAGAAUGGGACACGUCCCCUGGUGAGUCAAACCAGUGGAAGUUAGCCACACUUCAUUUGGUUUCAUUCAAAUGCACAGCUCAGGGUUGUAACCUGGCAGG